AUGCUUCAACUAGUUGAAAAAAUAUCGGUCGAUAGUAUAGUAGAAAAAGUAAAGAAUGGAAAAUUCGUGUCCAAAGAUGAAGUUUUGCGAAACUGGCGGGAAACUGGCGAAGAUGAUAUAGUAGUUGGAUCGAGUACCAUUUCUCUCAAAGAUCCUCUGGGAUAUACAAGAAUCAAGAUCCCGUGUAAAUCUACGCGCUGUUCGCACAUUCAGUGUUUUGACGCAUACCUCUUCUUCCAGCUGAAUGAGCAAGUGCCUACAUGGACAUGUCCUGUUUGUAACCUUUCAAUUGGAUCGUGGGAAGACAUUGUAGUGGACGGAUAUUUCUCGGACAUACUGAAAAAUACGCCACAGGAUCAGGAAACUGUGUCUAUAGAUCCCAAUGGAAUCUGGACUAUUCCAAAGAAGAGGGUCAUCGACGAGCCAAAAUUCUCCAUGAGCAAACUAAUCUCCAAAAAACCUCGAAUAGAUCAACCACCGCAAGAUGUGUAUAUUAUAGAUUCAUCUGAUGAAGAAAAACCCCUUAAAAAGAAACAGUUAUCCCAAACCUUUGAUUGUAAAGAGAUUAUCGAUCUCACUAUAAGUAGUGAUGAGGAGGAGGAACCCUCUAAAACCUUCAAAGAUAUAGCUACAGGUACUACUAUUGUUAACUUUCCUGUUAAGAUAGAAAAAAAACAGGAAAUUCCGCCACAACCCAUAUCUUUAAAUAUGCCAUAUUCCACCCCGAACUAUCAAUCCUCUUCCUCACAUUUCAACAAUUAUCCGGUUCCCCAUUACUAUCAUCCUCAUCAAUAUGAAAUACCUGUUGUAGACGCUAAAUCUUCAAUUUAUUAUGAUAACUCUGAAUCCACUUUAAUUAACACUCCUGGCUCUCUAGGAGAAAGUUACGAAUAUUACAUGAGCCAUGAUCGACAUGACUACGAAGGAUUUGUCUGA